CAACCAUGAUUCAACUCAAAACGUCAAAAUCAAAACAUAGUUUUGUAAAUCAAAUCGCAGAACCGUCGUUCUGAGCAUAAUCAUUGCAUUUUAUUACUACCUCCGCUCUUAAAUUCUCAUAAGGAAUGUUUGCGAAAGAAUUAUAAGUGCUCUUCAGGCAUGAAUGAAGAAACGCAGCCUUCCGCUUCUAUUUUUUCACGUUACAGGAGUCCAACAUUCAGUAGAAAUGAAGUUCAGACCUUAAUAAAUCUUAUUGAAAGACAUAAAUAUACAAUCCUUAAUAAAACCACGAACUCUGCUGUGAACCAGGCCAAAGAGCUUUCAUGGGAGAAGAUAACGAAAAUAUUUAACAGUAGGGGUUUUAAACAUGAAAGAAGUACAGAUUCUUUGAAGACUAAAUGGGAGAAUCUUAAAAAGGAUGCAAGGAAACUUGCUAAAAAUUUAGUAGAUGAUAACAACAGUUACAGUGAUCUGACUAGGCAAAUAGUGACUAUGAUGACUGAGGUUGAAACCAAUGGUUCCACAGAACAGAAUCAGAACAUGGAGGAUAAUCAAGAGUUUACUGAGCCUGUCUCUAAUGAUGAGAAAUUGAGUCAAAAUUUGAAAAUUAAGUCCUACUGGGAGAGUGCUGAAGACAAAGAUUCUGAUGAGUCAAAUGAUGGAAAUGAUGGUGAGAAAAGAAUGAACCGGUCCCUCAACUUCGCCCCACAAGAGUGUAGCCUGCUACUGGAAUGUGUCCGUAAGGAGAAGAAGUUUGUCUUCUCUAAAGAAUAUAACGCACACGCCAUUGGCUUGAAGAACAAAGCUUGGAAAAGGAUAUCAGAAGCCUUCAAUAGUAAGAGUCCCCAAAAGAGACCCCAGAAAGUAUUGCGCACUAAGUUUACUAAUAUGAAAAAAGUUGCUAAAGGCAUGGGUAUCAAAGAUGCUGUCAGGAAUUUCGAUAUGAAGAAUACGAAACAUGAAAAAUUGAUAAAUGAGAGCUCUAAGCCAAUCAAGUCGGAGCCUAUGUUCGAAAUGGAACUGGAGCUACACGGGCCCGAUGACGACGACCGCCACAACUCAGAUAGCAACCACUUCGCGCCCGACCCGCUUAGUACCGUUCUUAAUAGCGACUCAGGAAUAGGUUCAACACACUCGAGUUCUUGGAGUCAAGAUAAUAAAGAAGUAGCUAAUUUAAAAUUGAAAUUAUUAAAUUACAAAAUGGAGACCGCGAGACUAGAACGCCAAAGGCUAGAAGAAGCCGCUCGCUUAUCCGCCGCGACGCGCGAGUCGGACGCCAUCGCCGCCGCGCUUCGGCUCCGCGCGGCGCGCCUCGACGCGCUCGCGGCCGCCGCACGCCUGCCGCCCGCGCACCCCGCACUGCACUUCACCCCCGAGGAGCUCCCCGCCGAGAGAUACUUGCGACAGUAUGAGAAUACUUGAUGUUAGUACCUUUUUAUAUUGAUAUUUUAACAGUCAUUUAGGGAAAAAGAUACGAGGCACAAAAAUCUACUAUUAGCAUUCUUAACUUUUAAUGAAAGCCUAUCUUCCUAAAGCUUCAGGAAAAAGGAUACAAGGCUCGAAUGUUUGCCAUUAGAAUAUGAAUUUUCUUUUAAAAAGGAAAGUUAAUUUUAGAAAAUGGAUUCUGUUAAUUAUUACAUCCACUCGAAUGUUUUUCGAUCCGCGUUAUGAGUCGGCCCCGUAGAAAAACAUUAGAGUUAGGUACUAGAGGCUAUCUGAUCUCUGCGAGAGCUUAAAGCCGAAUAAGUUUAUGGCUGGUCCUUUUAAUAACAUUUACAACUCAAGGUCGGUUGCAUCAAACCGUCUGUCACCGUUAAAGCGUUCGUUAAAUUUAUUAACUGGGAAGUUCCAUAGAUGUUUGCAGCGUGACGAUGAUGUGUCGUUCGAAUGUGGUUAAUGCAACUGGCCCUAAAUCUGCAAAAAAAAAAUGACAGCUGGUUGAGAAUUGAGAUCGGUAAAGACAGACUCGGGGAUGAUAACAAAUAAGUAUGAUUUCAAAUCGAUAGUUUUGACCUCAAGUAUGCUUUCGAAUCAGCCUCUAGUUAUAUAAGUUUGACAGUGUAUUCUUAGCCUUUUAUUUUAGUUAUACCACCGAAGGAAUCUCAAAUGAAAAUACAAUAAUUUAGAUACGAAAAUUUGUAUAUUUUACUUACUUGCAUUUUACAUGAUGAUAAAUUAUAAUUCAAUAUUAAAAUUAAUAUUUUUAAAUA